GCGGCACGGCGUCGCAGCAGGGGGCGGUGCGCCCGCCGUUCAGGAAGAUGGGCCAUCGUGAGGCGGAGGCGUGAGAACCCCUCGGAUCGUGCGAUAUUUACCCGUAAGCGGCGUCGAUCAUCCGCACGUCACUGUACGGCUGCCGAGGAUGGGUGCGAGUUAACGAUGACCGGGGAGAAGAAGAAGAAGAAGCGGCUGAACCGCAGUAUUCUUCUCGCCAAGAAAAUCAUUAUUAAAGAUGGAGGCACUUCUCAGGGCAUCGGUGAGCCUAGCGUCUACCAUGCCGUGGUGGUCAUCUUCCUGGAGUUCUUCGCCUGGGGUCUACUUACGACACCGAUGCUCACGGUGUUACACCAGACCUUCCCACAGCACACCUUCCUGAUGAACGGGCUGAUUCAUGGCGUCAAGGGUCUGCUGUCUUUCCUGAGCGCCCCCCUGAUUGGGGCGCUCUCCGACGUAUGGGGUCGCAAAUCCUUCCUGCUGCUCACGGUCUUCUUCACCUGUGCUCCCAUCCCCCUGAUGAAGAUCAGCCCCUGGUGGUACUUCGCGGUCAUCUCCAUGUCAGGCGUGUUCGCCGUCACCUUCUCCGUGAUCUUCGCCUAUGUGGCUGACAUCACGCAGGAGCACGAGCGAAGCACGGCCUACGGCUUGGUGUCCGCCACCUUUGCGGCAAGCCUGGUGACGAGCCCGGCCAUCGGCGCCUACCUGUCGGCGACUUACGGCGACACGCUGGUGGUGGUGCUGGCCACGGGCGUGGCCCUGCUGGACGUGGGCUUCAUCCUGGUGGCCGUGCCGGAGUCCCUGCCGGAGAAGAUGAGGCCGGCCUCCUGGGGGGCGCCGAUCUCCUGGGAGCAGGCCGACCCCUUCGCCUCCCUGCGCAAGGUGGGCCAGGACUCCACGGUCCUGCUCAUCUGCAUUACGGUGUUCCUGUCCUACCUUCCCGAGGCUGGCCAAUACUCCAGUUUCUUCCUCUAUCUCAGACAGGUCAUAGGGUUUACCUCAGAGACGGUGGCAGCCUUCAUCGCAGUGGUGGGAAUCCUGUCCAUCCUGGCCCAGACGGUGGUGCUGGGAGUCCUAAUGCGCUCCAUCGGGAACAAAAACACCAUCCUUCUGGGCCUGGGCUUUCAGAUACUGCAGCUGGCCUGGUAUGGCUUUGGAUCUCAGCCCUGGAUGAUGUGGGCAGCUGGGGCGGUGGCCGCCAUGUCCAGCAUCACUUUCCCGGCCAUCAGUGCCAUCGUGUCCCGCAAUGCCGACCCUGACCAGCAGGGUGUGGUCCAGGGCAUGAUCACCGGCAUCCGUGGCCUUUGUAACGGCCUGGGCCCGGCGCUCUACGGCUUUGUGUUCUACCUGUUCCAUGUGGAGCUCAGCGAGAUAGAGCCAGAGGGCACACCGGAGAAGAACACGCAGCCCAACAUGGCCAACCCCACCGAUGAGAGUGCCAUCAUUCCCGGCCCCCCUUUCCUGUUUGGGGCCUGCUCUGUGCUGCUCUCCCUGCUGGUGGCGCUCUUCAUACCCGAGCACAGCGGCCUCGGCCUCCGGCCCCCUGGCUACAAGAAGCACGGUGGCACUGCCCAGGGCCACGCCCACAGCCACGCCCACAGCCCGCAGGCCGGGGGGGGUGAGGGCAAGGAGCCUCUCCUGGAGGACAGCAAUGUGUAGUGGAGCCCACCCCCCCCCAGCCCAUCCCA